AGGAGGGCUCGAUCGGUGCCGGCGACAUCGACAAGAAGCAGCUCAUCGACAAGCACUACUACGCGAUCGCCUCCAAGGCGACCCUUCUGACCCCAGACAAGCUGUCGGUCCCAGGCGACAAGUUCAAGGCCCAGUUCGGCCUCGAGUGGGAGGACGUGCUGAAGGACGGGAAGGCGCUCAACGCGAAGGACGCGUGCGAGAAGUUUGGGAUCGACGCCGACGAGCUCAACACGAUGUGGGGAGCCGCGAAGAAAGGCGGCGUGUUGGUGAAGCUCGGGGGCGGCUUCUACUGCGCCAAGCUGGAAAAGGGCGACGUGGGGCCCUACUACGUCUUCAACGGCUUCUUCAUGACGAUGCGCGCCGGCUUCGUGAAGGAGGGCGCCUCCAUUUACUACUACGUCGUGGAGUGGGACCCGAAGGACCUCUCCUGGGCCGACUUCCGCGGGAAGGUGCUCGGCCCGACUGACCCCGCCGAGGCGCCGAAGGACUCGCUGCGCGGCGGGGCGCUGGCGGCCUGGGAGGACCUGGGGCUGCCAGCCGCGCCGAACACGGGCGAGAACUGCGUGCACGCCAGUGCGUCGCCGUUCGAGGGCCUCGCCGAGCGGAUGAACUGGCUGGGAUACAAGGCGGAGAAGGACGUCUGGGGCAAGAAUCUGCUGGCCGCAGGCGUCAAGAUGAAGACGAUCAAGGACUGGACCCUGGACCCGGCGGUGACCUACGGAGCGAAGCUCUCGCCGACCACGAAGUCCAUCUGGGACACGCUCGAGGACAUGGACGCGCAGGA